UCUCUCACUUGGAAACUGCAACUGCUGUUCUGCCAUUCUCUCUUGUUACUGCCUUUUUCUCACCAAAAACUAGAAAGGGAAGGGGACGACUCACAUUUUAAAAGAGGAAAAGCAAAAAAAAAAAAAGGAAAAGAAAAAGAAGUGAUUUUUGAGGUUGGGUUUGUGAUAAAUACUGGGAUUAGAUACCCUUCUUCACUUUCCUCUUCUCUCUUCCAUUUUGAAGGCAUGUAAAUUUUUCAAAGACUCAAUUCUUUUCUUACGUUAGGUUAGUUUAAUGGAUUGUUAAAAGGAAAACGGGUUUUGGUUGUGGAGGAUAUAAAGGAAGAAAAGGAAAUUUGUGGAGAAUAAUAUGGUGUUCCUGUCCUGUGAAAAGGAAAGGUUUUGUUUUGAGUUUUUAAUUUCUGGUUUUGUUUUUGGGGUUUCAGAGUUAUGGUUUUAUGAUGUGUAGGAUGUUAGAAAGCAACCAUUUGAAGAUGUCUUGGGUUCAUCAUCAACAUCACCAUCAUCUGCAAAUCAAGCAAAAAGAUGGUUACUUUCAAUAUCCACCCCCUCUUCUUCCAUCUCCUUUAACUGCUACAGCUUUUCAUAGAGAUUCAAACCCUUCACCACCAUCAUCCUCUGGUACUAGAAUCAGCCCUGCUGUUCUUUUCAUUAUAGUUAUCUUGGCUGUUCUGUUUUUCAUCUCUGGUCUCCUCCAUCUGCUUGUUAGAUUCCUUAUAAAGCAUCCAUCUUCAUCUACAUCUUCUCAAUCUAAUACUAGAUACCCUGAGAUGUCCACCUCUGAUGCUCUUCAAAGACAGCUCCAACAGCUGUUCCACCUCCAUGAUUCUGGUUUAGAUCAAGCUUUCAUUGAUGCUUUACCUGUUUUCCAUUACAAGGAAAUAGUUGGUCCCAAGGAGCCCUUUGACUGUGCUGUUUGUUUAUGCGAGUUUUCUGAGAAAGAUAAGCUGAGAUUGCUUCCUAUGUGUAGCCAUGCUUUUCAUAUAAACUGUAUUGACACUUGGCUGUUGUCCAACUCAACAUGCCCUCUCUGUAGAGGCACCCUUUUUGCGCCUGGGUUUUCAAUGGAGAACCCAGUCUUUGAUUUUGAUGACAUUAGGGAAGAUGAAGGGUGUGGUGGCAAUGAUGAAAAUGGGUACACCCCUUGUCAGAAAACAGUGGAAAUGGAGGAAAUUGUUGUUGACAAAGGGGUGUUGCCUGUUACGCUAGGAAAAUUCAGAAGGCUAAGUGGUGAACCAGACGAGGCUGGUGGUGAAACCAGUAGCAGCAACUUAGAUGCAAGGAGGUGUUUUUCAAUGGGUUCAUAUCAGUAUGUGCUUGGCAAUUCAGAUCUGAGGGUUACCCUCUCUAUUGGUCGACACAGCGGCCAACACCAAGGAAGUGGUAUUAAGUUAUCUAGAGGCUCAGAUCAGAAUGGGAAUUCGUCGGCCGAAAGAGAUUCCGAAGAGAAAAAGAUUAGUAGUAUGAGUAAAGGGGAAAGCUUUUCGGUUUCCAAGAUCUGGCUUUGGUCUAAGAAAGGCAAAUUCUCAAGCUCUUCAGAUGCUCAAAUUGGUAUGCCAUCAUCUCUUAACUCAGACCUCCCAUGGCUGAAGAAAUCACAAGAAGAAUGAAAGGUUAACGUUAUCCUACACAAUUGAUCAAAUCGAACUUUAUUGUGCUUUAUCUUGUCUCUCAUGUCACAUGUUUUUGUUCUGAAAUCUGAAACUUGAAAAAUUACUCACCAAUCACCAUGCCAUUUGCUUUGUUUGUAAAAAUUGAAUGGAAUGAGAGGAAUAGAAUUAAUGUUGGAAAAAAGGGUCAUUUGUACUACUGAAGUUCAUGUGUCGUAUCCUGUAAAAGA